AUGGUAAAAAAGCUUCGUGAAGGUUGUAAAACACAACGCACACCAAUUCAAGUUACAACUACGGACGGUGAUCCCUCAACUUGGCCAGAAACAAACCUUCGUAUAAGAAGUGGUUACUACGCAUUCUUCUUUUAUGAGGUCGUUGAAGAUAGUCCAAUUUACAGACAAUGGAUGGAAAAACUUGGUGAUGCUAUUUCAGACAUUAAAGUAAAAGAUGAUGGAUUACCUAGUGGAAGACGUUUCAGAUCGAAAAAUGAAUUUAUACCGCAUUUAAAAUGGUUACAUUCGGGAAAAUCGGGAAUUUGUGAAUGUAAAUAUUGUAAUAAAACGACCAGAAAGCAAAAGCAGCCCACAAAAAAGUUGUGUUUAAAGCCUACCAUUAAGCAUAUUUCAAAGUUCUCUUCCAAGAAACUUAAACCCAUUAAAGAGGUCAAAAACAAAGAAAAGAACAAAGAAAAGGACAAAAUCUUGCGUGCAGAUUUGGAUCGUGCAACCUUGUCGCUUCUUUUUGGUCCAGUGUAUCGUCCCAAAGAGAUCGUUUGGAUUGUUGGACCAAAUCAAACUUUGAUGAGUAAUAAUUCGGAUGAAUCACCUAAUGAAAGGAAUACUGAAGAAUAUUAUAAUUGGCCGGGAUAUGUAAUGAGCAUUUAUGAACCGGGGGAAAGAUCGUCAGAUUUUACACUUGUACGUGAGACAAUUUAUGAAAUACAACUCUUGGCAAUGGAUAGAAUAAGAUAUUAUCCAGAGUCAUCGUUGAUCCCAUGGGUCGCACGUAAAGUCAAUCCGGCUAUGACAAGCCCCGGUGCUGACCCACUCAUAGAUGUACUUUUCAGUGAGUCAAUCAAGAUUGCCGUUGCUUGUCAAAGGUCGUACUUAAUGCAAAAAGAAUAUAAAUUCAAAGUAAGCAAUGACGUUAUUGCAUCAACCGAAGAUAAAGCACAAAAAAAAAGACUUAGAAACGCCAAGAAAUGCCCGCAUUAUGAUGAAAUGAUAUUCGGAAAUGAAGUAAUCCGUUCGAAUGAUUUGAUUAGAUUGACCGUAGAAAAUGAUGAUGAUGAAGAACUAAAUUCCGCGUCGUCUUCAUCAUCAUCGAAUAAAUUUCGGGAGAUGGAAUUAUUUAGAAUUUGUACUAUGUAUAGACUUGCAAACGAUCGAAUCCAAUUUACGGGAGACUUAUAUUUCAGGAAAGAUGAAAAUGAAAAUAUUAAGGAUUUGGGAAUGAGUGAGGAUGAUGAAAGGUGGCAAGGGACGCUAUCUAUUGGAAAGUAUAAAUAUGUCCCAAGGAAUUUUCCACAAGAAGAAUAUACGGUUGAUAUAGAAGAUCUUGCAGGUCGAUUCUACAUAGACUGGGAAGAUUUUGUCGGGGUAAUGAAUCCUAUUGAGGAAAAGCAUUCCAAGUUCCUUGAAGGUUAUCCUAAUGACAUCAAUGAUCGAAUGCAAAUUCAGGGGGAAACGACACCAACAUUGCAUUUCGAGAAUCAUGAAGCGACACCAACUUUGCAUUUCGAAAAUCAUGAAACGACACCAAUAUUGCAAUUCGAAGCGACACCCGUAUUGCAAUUCGAGAAUCAUGAAGCUAUACCUAUGUUGCAAUUCGAGAAUCAUGAUAGUUUUGAUGAAACAGAUUCUCAGAUGAGUGAUGUUAAAUGUUUAAAUGAGGAUUCAUUUUUUGAUUUUAGUGCGAUGGAUGAUGAUAGUGAUUCUGAAGAAGUUGAACUUGAUCUUAAAAUGAUGUAUCGAAAUUCAUUACUAAGACGAAUCGAUUUAGAUAUCAACGCGAUAGCCGAUGAGACAGACAUGAAUAACGUUGAACUUGAUCUUACAACGAUGCAUCAAAAUUCAUUGCCAGGAGAUGAUGGAGAUGACGUUGAGCUUGACCAUACAAUGUUGCAUCAGGACUCAUUGGCAAGUUCGUUCGGUGCUGUAUCUUUAGACUUAAAUGAGAAUGAUAUGGAUAAUGGGACUGAGAUUGAUAACGUAGACCUUACAAUGAUGCAUCAUAAUUCAUUGCGAGCUUUCCAGAUUUAUGAACACGAACAACAUGAAGCAAAAUUGCCGGAAUCACACCCAAAGCAAUCCAAGGUUGAAUAA